UGAUGCAUGGUUGUUUCCUGCUGCACCUGUAACUGCCACCUUCUCCCUCCCUGUGCCGGGAGUCUCUCUCUUCGACGACAUCGUAGACAUACACACCACAUACACGUUCACGCUCCGUCGGACUGAUAGUACACAACGGGGGUGGAAGACGCGAGGCGCUGGGUGGAGCAGACCGGCGUCGCGCGCUGCAGGAGCUCGCGCUGUCGAACGCGCGGUUUGCUGCAGAUGCAAAUUCUUUGAGCGGAGCGAGCACGGGGAAUGGCACUUGGAAACGACCGCGUGUAAAGCGCCUCUCCGGGAAGGGAUAUGGAGGAAUCUGACAGCAUUCCCUGCGCACCGGAGGAUGGACUCCUGACAACCUGGCGGUGGAACAGAAACGCGAGGGAGCAGGUUCAACUAAGGCAGAAGAUUAAAGAUCUACCUGGCUUAUUAAAACACGGGUUGCAUUUGAGGAAGAAGAGUCAGUCACCUGACACCGUACCAGGUCCCAGUGCGGGUGUCCCAACCAAGUCCAAGCAGACAUGCUCUCAGAGUUUUCCUUGCGCUGGACGAGCAUUGAGAAAUGCGUUCUUAUCCCACGGCCCUUACCCUGCCAAAGACAAGAUCCACCUGGCUCGGAUAAUCAGGCGGAGCUACGUAGGUGUGGAGCUGGUCCAGUGGCUGAUGGAACAGUGCGUGUUCGUCCAGUGCAGGAUGAUGGCAGCACGGGUUUGGCAGGUGCUGCUGGAACUCGGCAUCCUGCACUCAGUGGACCAGCGGGUGGUGUUCGAGGACUCCAACACCUACUACCAGUUCUCCUUCGAGGAGUGUGAGGCCGAGGGCUGUGAGUUCCGCGCGGAGGAGGAGUGGCAUAACGGAGUCAGGCUGCUGCUACAGCUCGUGCCCUACGUCCAGUUCCGGGUGGUCAGCCCACCAGAGGAGGAUCCAGAGGGAAAACGGGAUAUCUGCAGUGAGAUUCUCCAGAUGAAGGCUCUGGAAAGGCUUACAUCCACACAGGAAUGCAAUGGAUCAAACAGAAGUCGGCCACGGCGUCCAGAAGGCCUGAUUUCAAAGACCUGGAUGGCUGUGUGGGAAAAAACAGCGGUUCUCCAUGAGACAGGAGCCACUCUGGGCCUUUUCAGAGUACAAAAUGAACUAGCUGCUGCACUAGCAAGGAAAGCAAGAAAAUCAAUGUCAGAGGAGGACAGUCCUGAUACAGCAGGGAGUUCCUCACAAGAGCCACAAAAACCACCCGAAGACAAAGCCAGGCAGAGCGGCGUGUGCGCGCUGAGGGCGCCCGAUGACCUCUCCCGCCUCGAGAUGGUGCAGCGGCUCGCCAAGGACGGCUGCCGCUUCUUCCAGAGCCAGAACUACCGGCUGCCUGACCGCUCGGCGCAGACGCAGGGCGAGGGAGUGGUGCGCGUGUGUCUGAAGGAGAGGGGUCAGGAUGUGUUGGUGCUUCAGAGGGUGGCCUCGGAUCGAAUGUCACCACAGACAGCAGGCGGAGUCAGAGAGGACGAUGGUGAUAGGAGGUAUGUGGUGGUGUCCGGGACGCCCCACAAGAUCCUCGAGCACCUGCUGAGUGACCUACGGCUGGACGAACACCAGGGGGCGACAGAGAGCAAAGAGGCUGAGACGCUGCUGGACGACUUCUUACUGACGUAUCUUGUGUUCAUGUCCACCCAUGACCUCUGCCAGGCGCUGCUUGGACACUAUUGCACUAAGCGCUGCCGUGGCAAGGAGGAGGGAAAGGAAGCCCUCUACAGGAAGCGGAAGGUACUGCACCUGGUCUCCCAGUGGAGCUCUCUGUACAAAGACUUCCUGCGUGAGGAGGAGCACGUCAAACUCUUUAUGAAGACGCUGUACCGCUACGUGCUGGAGGACGUCUAUGAGUUCCCCACGCUGGAGAAGGACCUGAAGGAAUUCCAGAAGCUUCUGCGUCGGAGACACACCGUGGACGAAUACUCCCCCCACCAAAAGAGCAAAGCCCUUUUCCAGCAACUGAGCCUCAAGGAGAACGGAGUCCAGCAGCGCGGAGCGCAGGCCGACAUCCGGGAAGUGAUGUGUCGCGUAUAUGUGAGUUCAGACUCCUAUCUCAGCAUGAGGGUGAGGUCUACGGUGGUGGCCCAGGACCUCCUACACACUGUGGCCCAAAGAAUGGACAAGCUUGAAGAGGACAUGGUACUGGUGGCCCAGACAUAUAGUGGAGAGAAACGUCUCCUUCAGCCUCAUGACUCCAUUUUCUCUGAGUCACUGGCUCUCCCUGGCAGACUGAUAGCCUGCUGGAAAGACCUGAGUGAGGUCCUGCCUCCCCUGACCGACUGUGCAGAGCUGUUGCAGCGGCCUGCGCGCCUCCUGGCCAUUAACACAUGGGACAUGGCCGUUGCACUCACCGCCCUCGACUGGAGCCUCUUCAACUCUGUGCAUGAGCAAGAGCUGGUGUAUUACACGUUCAGCCGCCAGGCGAGCAGUGGCCACACGGUGGCGCUGGAGCAGCUCCUGCAGCGCUGUAAUGAGGUCCAGCAGUGGGUCAUGUCCGAGGUGCUUCUCUGUGCCUCGCUCGGCAAGCGCGUACAGCUGCUCAAGAAAUUCAUCAAGAUCGCUGCCCACUGUAAAGCACAGAGGAAUCUCAACUCCUCCUUUGCCAUCAUAAUGGGCCUGAACACAGCAGCCGUGAGCCGCCUCAACCAGACGUGGGAGAAAGUUCCUGGGAAAUUCAAGAAGCUUUUCUCUGAGCUCGAGUUAUUAACGGACCCCUCUCUGAACCACAAGGCCUACAGAGAUGCCUUCAGGAAGAUGAAGUCCCCUAAAAUCCCCUUCAUGCCCCUCCUACUCAAAGACAUCACUUUCAUUCAUGAGGGAAACAAAACAUUUCACGAUAAUCUCGUCAACUUUGAGAAACUGCAUAUGAUUGCAGACACCGUCCGCCUCUUACGCCACUGUCAGACAGAUCAAACAGGAAACGACAUUGCCCAAAGUGACAGCACAGACGUGAGAGCCAGCGUGCAAUAUCUUCACAUUAUCGACAAUCAGCAGACUCUUUUUGAGCUGUCCCACAGACUGGAGCCCAGGGCGUAACAGUGCCACCUGCUGGACAUUCGCUGCAAUACAGCAGCGUCGCUAUCGAAACAGCUCACGGUCAUACCAUCAUUUUGUGCUGCAAUAUUCUUUAUAACCACAGAGAACAGCCAGAUUCUGUCAGGAGAAACACAUAAUCCAGCACUGACUGAAUGAACACUGUUUAUUUCAGAUAUUGGUUUUUUGUGGGGUUUUUUUUUUUUUUGGAUCAACCUCCGGGAGACGGGUAGAACCCCUUCACGGCCAAAACGCCGGACUGAGUCCACUUCACAUUCCUAACCUGUCUGGUUGUGUUCCUAUGAUGUUUAUAAUGGUUUAUAUGCUGUCUAUAUUUAAUCAGUAUUUCCUUGUACAGUGGGUGAACAGUGGGUGAACACCUUCCGAAAUCUACCCACAGAACACACGAGAACCACAUGAAGUCUUUCAGUAUAGUUUUGUUGUUGUUUUAUCAGUGUUAUCCACCAUUCCUUUAAUCCGGUAGCUCCACUACGGAGCAUAACUUGCUGUUAUUUGUGUGCAUGUAACAUGCAUUCACAGGUUCGCUGUCUUCAGACGGGCGACGCGACUCGGAAUGAGGCGCGGGUGCCAACAGGAGAGGCUGCAGUACGUGUCGUGCGGGAGGACCCGAGUAGCUAAACGCACGCGUCACACAUACUUAUGUAAUUAGGCUAUAAAUAUCGUCGGUCGUUGUGUUUUUCUUUGAACACCUGUAAAGGAAGGCUUGCUCCGGUUGAAGGACAGGGUUUUGUCCCUUUCCUCCUUAACAUAGCAGUAUUAUUUUAUACAUGCUUGUUUUUUGUUUUGUUUUGUUUUGUUUUUCACUCUGUGCAAUGCUCGAGGAUCCGGGUGCCGUUGUGACUGGAGUGCAGUGUUCAUUUCUCACGAGCUGUCAGAGAAAUGACACAAGCAUGUCCAGCUUUGGUUCUCUGACUCCACAGAGAGGUGCCACUGGGUGGAUCUCGCUGUCACCGCACCUCACACUCGUCGGACACUAUUUCAAUCCGAAGGGGGGAAAGGGAGACGUUGCCUGCAUGCACACAGCAUUUGCACUUACGGCUUUGUACAAUAACGUGUAAGUUUA